GUAUAAUUCUUCUAGCUGCCCAGAUGAUAAUAACAAUUUUUAAGAGUUACCAAUGACCUCUUUUCUUAUAGGGAUACAUAUCAUUUUAACUUAUUGGGUCUCUUAAAAAAAGGCUUGUUUUGGGGUGGUUUUGUUUUGUUUUUCUUUGUUCCCUCUUUCUUAAUUACCUUUUGAUGAUUCUCUUGGGUUCUGUACUUGGGCAUCAAAUUUUCUGUUCAGGUCUGGUCUUUUCUUCAAAUUCUUGGAAUUCUUCUAUUUUGUUAAAUGACCAUACUUUCCCCUGUAAGAAUAUAGUCAGUUUUGUUGAGUAAUUGAUUCUUGGUUGUAGACCUAGUUUCCUUGCUUUCUGGAAUAUCAUAUUCCAUGCCUUUCAGUCCUGCAGUGUAGAUGCAACCAUAUCCUGUGCUAUCCUCACUGUGGUUCCAUGGUAUAUGAAUGACUUCUUCUUGUCAGGUUGUAAUAUCUUUGAUUUAGUCUGACAGUUCUUGAAUUUGGUUCUAACAUUCCUGGGUGUUGUCAGUUGGGGAUUAAGUACAGGAGGUGAUCUGUGGAUUCUUUCAAUUUCCACUUUUCCCUCUUGUUCUAGAAUAUUGGGGCCGUUUUCUUGGAUAAUUUCCUGUAGUAUGAUGUCCAGGCUUUUUCUUUUUUCAUGGUCUUCUGGUAGACCAAUAAUUCUUAAAUUGUCUCUUCUCGAACAAUUUUCUAAAUCUUCUCUUUUGUGAAUGAGAUGCUUUAUAUUUUCCUCAAUGUUUUCAUUCUUUUGGUUUUGUUUUAUAGUGUCCUGCUGCCUUGUGAAGUCACUUAAUUCUAGUUGUUGUAUUCUGGAUUUUAAAGACUGGAUCUCAUCCCUGGCUUUUUGGUCAUCCUCCUGAUGGUUAAUUUUGGCUUUCAAGACACUAUUUUCUUGUUUUAGUUCAAGUGCCUCUGUUUACUGACUCAUCUUACUUUUUAAGUUCUUUUCCCAGUUGUCUUCAGCCUCUCUUCAUUGUGUUUUGAAUUGUAUUUUGAGUCUUCCAGAGUCUGUAUCCAAUUAGCUGGGGUUUCUGUUUUUUUCUUGGUGUUCCCUCAUCCUUCUCUUUUUUUUUGCUCUUUUUUUGCAUCCAUUUGCUCUUUGUUCAUUGCCUGUAUAGAAGCUGUCAGUUGUAAUUUCUUUUAUCUUUUUCUGUUGUUUGCUCAUAUUUACCCCUUCUUUACUCCCUGCAGUUGCCUGAGCUCUUGCUCCUCUCAUUUUUUUUUGUGGUUUGGGACUUUUCUGUCAGCCUUCACCCUUGGAGCUUUGUCAACAAGUCUCUCAGUGUGCAGUCUGUGGGUGAGGGGUAUUGGAGCUUGAGCUUCCCUACCCUCUAAAGGCUUUGAUGGGAUUAAGUCUAGCUGUGUUGAGCUGGAUGUGCCCUGAGGCCAAAACCUUGGUAAGGGGGAAGCAAUAUGUAGUGUCUCCCCUGCUGCAACUAGGCUGACCACUCUGAGUUCUGCUCUUCUUCUCUAACUGCUUCCCCACCACCUGUGUUUGCCACUCUGAGCCUAGCACAGCUUUGUCCACAAGGUACACUCUCCGUACCAUCACUCUUGCCUGCCUGGAGGUUCCAGCUACCACUGGAGGCUUAGUGCUCUAGGUGGGGGAGAGAUCCCGGGACCUUCCUUCUUCCUUCCCCUUAGAUCAGAGGUUUCUCGAAUUCUGACUUUGGGGGGGCGUACCUUUUAAGUUGAGUCUAGCAAGAGGGUACCUGGGCUCUCUCUUGUUCCUAGGUUUGAUUUUCAGUCCCCUACGAACAUUUAGUUUGUAAUCGGUAAGGAAGGGUUUUCAGAGGUCUGAAGUUUCACUACCUCUAUGUUGCCAUCUUGACUCUACCUCUCCCUUGCCUCAUUUCUUCUUCUCUCUCAAUGGGCAGAUAGUGUGUGGGAGAAACUAUCUCCCAUCUCCCUCACAAACAGAUGUACACAUAUGCUGGCUUCUCACCUCUUCUUUUUUCCAUGACCUCCUCAGGGAAAAAGAUAUGUUUGAUGGAAAGGCCACUGCCAUCAGUACUGAGAGAAACCUAUUCUUUGGGCCCCUUCUGCCUUCUGAUCCCACCAACCCAAGAAACCUGAGGAGAUAGUCAAGACAAAAUUUUGCACCUCUUUGUUGUUCCCAUUUUGAUAUUUUAAUCAGUGUAUCUCCAUCAGUUUCUAUAGGAAAAAUCAUCAUCCCUAAAAAACACUCUCUUUUAAGGAUUUACAGGAUAAUAAUUGGUAGAGAAAGGGGUUACCUGCUCCCAUAGUUUCUGGUUCAAGCUUUGAAAUCUUUAGGCCCCACCAAUGAGUUGAAUUAGAGAACAGGAAUAAAAAUUUCCCCUUCUUUACCAAAGGUUAACUAAUUCAGGAUGUAUGAAGGGUCUUAUCACUUACUAUGAGACCAUCUGGGCAAAAGAAUUUCAAUGACAAUGGAAGAUUCUUAUCAAAAUAUUAAGAAGCACCUUUAAGUUCACCAAGUUCAAGCAUCUCAUAGGGAUAUGUGCCAAAUGAUGUGGCAAGUUGCUUUAGUUUAUUUUCUCAAGUGCAGAGUUAAAAACCUCAUCAAUGUGCUUAUGACUUAGAUAUCCUUAGGAUUCUCCAUAUGAAAUGCUACCUCAGAUUUCACAGGGGAACAAAAAUCAACUUCUACUACACAAAGAUCUUAAUGAGGCCUUAUUAAUAUAGUUGGGCAUAAAUUCAUAUACUCAUGUCUAUAUUCUUGAGCAAACAUAUUAAAUCAUUUACAUUCCUCAGGGUAAAGAAAGAUAACCGAGUUACAGAAUUUUAGGCAGCACUAUCAUGUCCUUAUAAUGAUGAUGAUAAUAAUAAGAGCUUAUGCAUAGGGCUUCAAGGUUUACAAAGGGCUUCACAACAAUCUCACAACAACCCUGGGAGGUUGAUGUUAUUAUUAUCCUUAUUUUACAGAUGAAGAAACUGAGGGACAAUGAGGUUAAGUGACUUGGCCAGAGUCAAAGCAUUGGUUCAGUGUCUGAGACUAGUUUUGAGCCCAAUUUUUCUUUCUUGUUCUUUAAGCCAUUACUUUUUGUUUUAGUAACAACUUUUAGACAGAAGGGCAAGGGCUAGACAAACUGAGUUAAAUGACUUGCUCAGAAUUAUAGAGCUAGGAAAUAUCUGAGGUCAAAUUUGAACCCAAUUCCUCCUGACUCCAGACCUGACACUCUAUCUUCUGUCCCUCCUUCCUGCUCCUGAACUCAAAUUUUCUUGAUUCCAGAUCCACUGGGAUGCCUAGCGGCCUUAUUCAAAUAAAAAGGAGGAUCAGAAUCAGAAUCCAGAUUUUAUAGAAAAUAAUGCAGCUAAUGCAUUUUUCUCUGCCACACAAUUUUGUUCUAGGCUCUAGAGACCAGAAUUGUGUCUCUACACUGGAUUUAGUUAUCAUCUGAUCUCUAGUCUCCCAUCUCUGACUACCUAUUGGACAUCUUGAAAUAGAUGCCCUAGAGACAUCUUUAAAAAAAAAAACAACCCUUCACUUCCAUUUAAAAUUAAUACUGUGUAUUGGUUACAAGACAGAAGAAUACUUAGGGCUAGACAAUAACUUGCUCAGAGUCACAUAGCUAGAAUGUGUCCACUGAGCCACCUAGCUGUCCCUAGUUGUCCACUUUUGAAAAGGACGUGUAUAGUUUCAUUUUUUAUUUCUAUGAAAAUUAUUUUCUAGUUCUAUAUGUUUACAACUAGAAUGGAGUAAGGAAAAAUAUUUUAAACUGUUUAUUAUGUGUGAAUCACUGAGCUUAGCAUUGGGAAUAUAAAUGAAAAAAUUUGGCAAUCCUUCCUUUCAAAGAGUUCAUGUUCUAUUUGGGAAGAAAAUAUAUAAUAUGAAGUUUCAGCUGUAGAGUAGAUAGAUAGACUUAGUGGUCCGUAGAGUUUGAUGACAGGACAUUUGACCAGGUCUGGAGAUCUCUAAGGCAUAGUAGUAGGUAGAUGGAAAGGCUUGGUGAUCCUGCAUUUUACUAAAAGGUUUGAACUUGGUGACUUCCUGCACAUUAAAGAAUGAUGAAUGACCUUUUUCACCCUGUAGCCAGAGAUAUGGAGAGAUGCAGAUUCACAGCUGAAUCUUUAUUGAAUAAGGAGAAAUCUCUAUAGAAUCUGAGGAAGAGGUAGCUAGGUGGCGGCUCAAUGGAUUGAGAGCCAGACCCAGAGGCAAGAAUUACUGAGUUCAAAUCUGACCUCAGAAAAUUCCUAGCUCUGUGAUUAAUUCCCAUUGCCUAGAACUCACUGCUUUUCUGCCUUGGACAAUGCACAGUAUUAAUUCUAAGAUGAAAGGUAAGGGUAUAAAAAAAAAUAAAGGAAUCUAGAAGAGGUUCUCUGAGAUAUUAGGGGAAGGACUAACACACCAGUAUCAUUACUCUACCCUCCAUCAACUAAUGAGAUGUUAUAAGUUAAUUCCCAGAGAUUGAAUGCAUUUUAUUAUUGAUAUAUUAAAUGAUCAUUAAUGUAUUAAAUGUAUCUUCUCAUCUUUCUCAUUCAUUUUCUCAAAAAAUAUUCAGAAAGGAUAACAAUUUGUGUUAUUUAAGUCUUAUUACUUUACUGCAGAUGUUGAUCAUUUUAAUGAUUUUUUAUCUUAAUUCUCUAUAGUUCUCUAAUAAUCUUUACCUUUGGUGCCUCAGUUAUAAGAAAUAGUUAAGUUGCUUCCUGCCCUCAUCACCCCAUUUCUCCUUUAAUGAAGUUCUUUUGAACCUCUACGCUUACAGAUUCUUUUCAUUUUUUUCCUCAAUAACCCUUAGACAAAGUACGCCUCUUUGAGGAAAAUAAUAUUUUCUUGCUUUAAAAGAAAAAAACAAUGAACCCUUAAUUUCCAUCUUUAGAUUCAAUACUGUGUAUUGGUUCCAAGGCAGAAGAAUGGUAAGGGUUAGGCAAUUUGGGUUAAGUGACUUUCCUAGGAAGCAUCUGCAGUCAAAUUUGAACCCAGGACCUCCUUUCUCUAGGCUUGGCUAUCUAGCCACCAAGGCACCUAGCUUCCCUGACUUACUUUUUUUUUUUUUAGUAAAUGAAAACAUUGGGUUAUUAACUAGUCCUUUCAAGCUAUUCAGAUUUUCUAGUUUGUCUUAAAUGCCUUUGAUUUGAUAUGGUUGUAUUUUGAAUAUUUUCCUUAACUCUAGUCUUCUCAAAAAGAAUGCUCUUAAAACUUCAUUUUAUUAUAUAUAACUUAAUUAUAUAUGUGUAUGUAUAUACAUACACAUAGAUAGAUAGAUAGAUAGAUAGAUAGAUAGAUAGAUAGAUAGAUAGAUAGAUAUCUCAAAACUUCAUUUCAGGGUAGCAAUUUUUUGAGAAAUUCACAUAUUAGUUUCUCCUUUUUUCCCUAUUGAUAACAAGUAGUUUGCCCUGGAUUACUGACUAAAAUUCCUUGGUUCAUAAUCUCAUCCUCAUUAUCUUUGGUCUGUGUACCCUAUGGAUCCUGAUAAGCACAUGUCUUAGUAUCUUAAAUAUAUGAUUCUGUUCUGGUAGUGUACCAUGGAUGCUAUCAAUCUGUAAGGUACAUUCCAAUUUCAUUUCUUCCAGGCAACUUUAUUCUGUUAUUUCUUGAAAUAUGUUAUUCAAGUCUAUAUUUUCCAAGAAAAUUUUUUGAUAAUUUUUUCAAGAUCUUUUUUUGCAAGCCUUUAAAAAUGUAUCAAUGUAAAUGUUGUUUCAAUCUUCAUUGUGUUUAACUUUGCUUGAUAUAGUUAAUCAUUCUUGUUAAUUCAUAGGACUUUUGAAUUGUCUUCUCUAAUUUUACUGAGGUUUUUUUUCGUUCUAGUCUUAAUUGUUUAUUUCCUGUUCAGAUUUUUCAGUAAGUCAAAUUUCACUUAUCUUUUCCUUCAGCACUUUCAUCAGACAUUUCAUUCACUCUUAAUGAUUCUUGUGGGAGAAGGGGGAAGGGAAUAAACAUUUAUAUAGUGCCUACUGUUUUUGAAACUGUGCUAAGUGCUUUAUAAAUAUUAUCUUGUUUAACUUGUGGCCCUCCCCCCCCCCCUUUUUCUAGGAUUCAUGUUGUAGGUAUUGAAAACUUUUUCUCUUUUAGGCAUUCUUCUUGGCAUUCUGUUAUCAUAGAGUAUUUGAAUAUUGUCUUAUUUCCAUAAUCUCUAGUAGUGGGCUUUUUUUGCAAGGGGCAGAGAUUUAUUUCUCAUCUUCUUAUUAUCAUUUUUGUUUUCCUUUCUCAGUUUGUCACAUUUUUAACAAUUUAAAGGUAAUGAGAGAGAUGGAUUUAAAUCUCCAAUUCAGUUAUAUUGUCUGAAGUCAUGUUUAUUAAAAUUCAAGCCUUUCAAGUUCAGAGAGUACAUUUUUUAUUGAUAGUGAAAAUUUAAGGGAAAGUUUAAGAAGCCCUCCCUCAGACAUCUUCAGAUGACUCUUUAAAGCAAUUUUAUAAUAAUAAAUAGAAUAUCUAAGCUAUAUGCUUGUUCUUUGCUUUGUUCUCUCAUACAUUUUUGCUACAAUUUCACUCCUUUUACACUCAUCCUCUUUAACUUAUUCUUUAAGCCAUACUGAUAUUUUAUACCAAGAUUCAGGCUUAUUCAACAUAAAAUUGUUUUGUGUCUUACUAUCAUGUGCCAGUUAGUAAGAUUUUUAGAAAACCUAAGAAUUGGUAUAAUUCAGCAUGCUAUCCUAAAUGAGUCCCUGUGGCUUAAUCACCUAGGAAAAUAUUUGAUUGUAAACUAACUAUAUAAUUGGAAAUCAAUUCUUUUUUUUCCCCUUUGCCCUUUUGGUGGGGAUCAUAGAUGAAUGAAUGUUUGUACAAGAUUGCUAUGUCCUGUAUUUUUCUGGUACCCCUUUUCAAAAGGACAGUAUACUAGAGAAUUCUGUUUCUACCUUUAUGUUCAGCUAAUUAGAACCACAAUCACUGACUAAAGGAACUGACUCAUAAGUAAUUAGGAAGAUUGUUUUUUCAAUGAUAUACUCAGAUCAUUAUCAGAGGGAAGAAUUUAUUGCUUUAUUUCUCUGUUCCUCAGUUUCACCAAAGGAAGCUUAAAUUUUUUUGUCCUCAAUAUGUGACCAAAAAAGAAAACAUUUUAAAAAAUUGUGUUCGUAUUUGUUUAUUUAGUAUAUGUUUUUAUUUCUGAAUAAAUGCUCUAUCCUCUCUCUGUAAGCUAUGACCAUAACAGUCAUUUUGGGAAAGAUUCCCCUUUGUCUUGUAAAUUUAACACAUUAUAAUUUGUACCUCAAAAAAGUUAUGGUGUCUUCCUUUUUUCCAUUAGACUAAGGGUCCUGGGGAGGACAAAAAUAAGCAAGACAUUAUCAUUGAUCUCAGGAAUUUUGCAGAUUAUUUAAGGGCUUGUAUUGAAGUUAAAUUUCAUUAUUUCUUUCUUUGUAGUAUCUAUCAGUUUUCCCCUUUCCUCUCCAGCUUAAUUCUAAUUUCCUUUUCUGUGCUUAAAUAAUAAUUUAUCUAGAUUAAAAUAUUACAUUUUUCUCCAAUUUCCUUGCUUAAAUUUCAUAUCUCCUUUGUUAAUCUUGAUUUUUGGCACAGAGAAGUUUGCCAUCAGAGCACCAUGCUCCUUAUUGAAUACCUGCCUAUUCAGAACCUUCUAAUGGAUUUCCCUUACAAUUACUUUCAACAUUUGUUACAGUUUCACUCUAUGCAAUAGUGCCCUGGUAGGAGUUUGUGAUACAAAUACAAAAAUGAAAUCUUUUCUGUACUUAGACAGUUAAUAGUCUACCCGUGUAACACAAUAUGAAUCUAGAGAAGUAAAUUUGAAAUAAUUUGAGGAGAGAUUUUCCCACUAACCAUGCUGCGUAGGAAGGGCAUCCGGGAAGAUUUUAAGGCAGAAGUGGCACCUGAGUUGAACUUCAAAGAGUCAUUUAAUAAAUGUUUAUUAAAUGCCUACUCAGUAAACAUUUAUUAAGCACCAUCUAUGUUCCAGACCUUCUGCUAAGGACUGAAGAUAACAAAAGAGGCAAUAGACAGGCCCUGCCUUCAGGGAGUUUGUAAUCUAAUAGGAGUUGAUCACAAGCAAACAAAUGGGUACAAACAAGCUAUAAAAUAGAUAAAAAGCAGGAGGUAAAGAUUUUAUGAGUAUUCGAUAAGGAGGGAUUGCAGUGUUGUUUGAAGGGAACAUCUAAAAGUCCAAUUUAUUUCCUAACAUAGAAGGCACCGGGGAGAGUGACUUAACAUAAAGCUGGAAAGGUAAGUGGUAGCUAGUUUGUGGAAGAUAUUAAAUCCUGGACUGAAGAAUUUGGCCUGUCAACUAAGGUCAAGUGGGGACUAUGGACAAAAAAAAAUUUUUUUAAGAGACAAAUGACAUGGUCAGAUAUCUGUCCUAUGAAGAUUAUAUUAUAACUCUGUGGGAAGUGGUUUAGAAAGGAGAAUAGGUAAGGCUUGAAUGAUCAAUUAAAAAUUUGUUAUGAUAAUCUGAGUAAUGGUGAGGACAGGAUGGGUCUGUCCUGAUUUAAUGUCUAUGUAAAUAGCAAAGGGAGAGCAAAUACCAGAGGUUGGUUUGUGUUUUUUAGAGCAGGAUUGGUGAAGUCUGGUAGCUUUUAGGGAUAUGAGGAAUCUGGGAGGUCACCAAGUGAAGGAGAGGGUACUAACAGUGAGUACUUUGAGGUUAGAAACCCAAAUAACUUGGAAAAAAUCUAUUUAGUAAAGCAUAUCCACCAGCAAAAAUUUGAGAAGGGUUUGAUGACAAUGAGGGAAAGAAAUGUUUCUCUUUGAAUCCCUUGACCUAAGCUGCCAAUGAGGUUCAGGGAGAGAUAUCUAGCAGGAGAUUGGCAGUAUGGGAGUGAAAUCCAGAAGAUGUUGGGGUUGAAUACAUCGAUUUGGAAGUCAGUUGUUUAGAGAUAAUAACUGAACUGAUGGGAGGAGAGAACAAAGGGGGAAAAAGAAGAGGGCCUUUAAGGGAAGAGGAGUGAUGUGGGGAGAAAGAUACUUAAGAGAAAAGAGAUGAAUAAUAAUCUUGCUACAGAUCUUGAAAAGAAGGAAUAAUCAUUUCCAUAUUAGGCUAAACAAAUAUUGGAGACCUAGUAGAAAUAUAAGACAUAGUCUGAAUCCUCAAGAAAGUUACAGUGUAGUUGGGGUGAUAACAGUAAAUAACACAGAAAAUUCAAGACUAUCUCAUUGAGUGAUGACAAAAUUUCUGAUGGAAACUAAACAUUGGAGGAAUUCAGAGGCUAGAGAAGUAAAGGAUGGAUUUAUAGAGGAAGAAGCAGAAUCUGAAUUGGAUUUUGAAAAAAGAAAAACAGUUUAUUAGGUUAUAGAAGUGUGAGAAUUGAAGCGGUAUGUAUUAUAAAUCUGGGGAGAUUUUAAUCUUUAGGAAAGUUCUUGAAUAAAUUUAUUUAGACGUUAAAUGAGAAUAAUGUUUAUUAGGAGCCAACACUGGUUCACUAAGAAAAAACAUGCCAAGCUGGCUUCAUUUCUUUCCUUUUUUUGCCAUAAAAUUAUUAAAUAGGCAGAUUAGAGUGACGACAUAGCCACUGCAUUUCAGGUUUUCAGGAAGACAUCUGAUAAAUUAUUUCAUGAUAAUCUUUUUUGACACUCUAGUGGUAAAUAUGAGCUGAAUGAUAGUAUUCUUAGAUGGAUUUUGUAACCAGAUGGACAAUCUGAGAAAACUUAUUAGUGAGUCAGGGUCAACGUUGAGGUAGGUACUAUUGGUGGAGCUGUGAACUGAUCCAUCCAUCUUGGAGAGCAAUUUGAAAUUAUACCUAGAGAGUUAGAAAACUUUGUUUACUCUUAAACUCAGCAAUAUUGCUAGGUUUGUUUCCUAAAGCCUCAGGGAAAAAGGAAAAGAACCUACAUGUUCCAAAAUAUUUAUGGCAGCUCUCUUUGUUGUGGCAAAGAACUGGAAAUUGAGGGGAUGCCCAUCAGUUGGGGAAUGGCUAGAUGAAUUGUAUAUGAUUGUGAUGGAAUUCUAUUAUAAGAAACAAUGAGCUGACUAAUUUUUUUAAGUACUUGGAAAGAACCACACGGGAUAAUGAAUAGCAAAAUGAGUUGAACCAAAAGAACAACAUAUACAGCUACAGAUUUUGUGCUUGAAGAGUAAAUUAUAUCAAUGUUACCUCUAGAUAAUGAACUAGAAAUGGAAACAUGAAAGACAUAACUUAUAUAAAGAUAUGUCUCCUGGAUGAUGGCUUCUAUGAUGUGGGGAGAGUGAAGGAGGGCCUGAGACACUUGUAAAUAAAUUCUAUUAAUAAAAAAAAAAAAUCUUGAGGUAGGUAUGGCAUGCUCCAGCCUUGAUCAGAAUAUUUUGGUAACUAGUUAGAUGAGAGGAAAAUUUUUGAAAUUUGCAAAUAACAUAGUAUUUAAUAUAAUGGAUGAAACUGCUUAUCAGCAAGUAAGUAUUAAAUUCCUGCUAUAUGCCAGAUGCUAUUCUAGGCACUAGGGAUACAAAUACAAAGAAUGAAGGAAUCCCUAUUCAGGAAGGAAUCCCAAGGAGUUUACAUUCAAAUGGAGGAAGACAAAAUAAGUAUAUACAGGAGAAUAUGCAGAAUAAAUACAGAGAAUAAUGGCACAACAGUUGAAUUUAAAAGUUGGGGCAACCCAGAAGGACUUUAUAUAUAGAAAGUUUAAGCAGUGUCUUGAAGAAAGGGAAGCAUUCUCUGAGACAGAGGCAAAGAGGGAGUGCAUUCCAGCCAUGGUGUAUGGCCUAUGCAAGGGCAUAGUACUGGAAGAUGGAGUGUUGUGUGUGGGAAAUGGUGAAAAGGUCAGUUGGCUGUUAUGCAGAGUACAGAUUGUAGUGUAACACACAAUGAGACCACUGCAAUUUUACUUUACUGUGUUUUUUUCAGCUAUGUCUCAUGCUUCUCAUGCAUUCUAUACUCUCUUCUGCUAUUGUAUUAUUAGUUUUUCCCCAAGCAUGCUUCCAUGUCUCUUCACUUCACUGUUUUUUCCAGGCUCUGCCUUGAGAAUCCACCCAUCCUCUAUGAAAGCUCCUCUUAUCAUCAUCAUCUCAGCAAAUAAUAAUCUAUCCCUCAUCUGAUCAUAGAACAAUGGAAUAUUGAGGUUGGGAGGACUAGUGAUCGUCCAGUCUUAACUUCUCAUUUUACAAUUGUGGGAAAUGAAGUCUAGAGAGGUAAAGGGAAAUGACCAAAUUUCAUUGUAUAAGCACUUUGUACCUUAUUUUAUUUUAUUUAUUAUAUUUAUGUGAAUCUUAUCACCUCAAUUAGAUUUUUAAUUUCCAUUGGGGUGAGAGACUAGAUCAAAUUUAUAUUCAUAUCUCCAUCAGGUCCCAAUGUGGACCCCUAAUAAAUAUUUGUUGAAUGAAUAAAUUGUGCCUUAUAUUUGUAUAAUGUGGGAAAUUCAUGAAGAGGAAGUCCUGACUUGUUGUCUAAGAGUAGAUUUAGAGAGGAAGAAGUGGGGAGAAAUAUAAUAGCUGUGGGCAAAAUUUGGUGGUUUAUAAUAAAGACAAGGGCUUCUUCAUAUUCACUAUAAUUUAUGAGGGAAGAAUUAUGACUAAAGACCAAAAAUUACAAAGAGUCAGAGAGAAAGAACUUUCUAACAAAACUGUCCAAUUUAGACUAUGCCUGUAUACAGUAUUUAUAUAAUACUUUAACAGCAAUUAUAUUUCACAAUACCUUAAAAUAUCUAUGGUUUCAUGAGUAUAGGUAGCCCUGGUAUGUAAUGUAGAUUAUGAUCCCUCUGUGCUUUACAAGAUGAUUUCAUGAAAUAAAUUUCAUGAAAAUAAUUCAAUUGUCAGAUAUCCAGUGAUAGGACAUUCCACAUUUAGCUUGGGUGGUCUAAAGACCAGAUGAUGACAGGCACACAAUUCACUGCUGGGACAUGUAGCUAGUCUUUUUUAAAAACUCUUGCCUUCUGUUUUAGAAUUGAUGCCUUAUAUUGGUUCCAAGGCAGAAGAGUGGUAAGGGUUAGGCAAUGGGGGUUAAGUGACUUGCCCAGGGUCACACAGCUUGGAAGUGUUUGAGGCCAAACUUGAACCUUGGACCUCCUGUCUCUAGACCUGGCUCUCAAUCCAUUAAGCCAUCCAGCUGCCCCCAAACUGUAGCUAGUCUUGCUGGUUUGAUGUAUUUAGAACCUCCUUGUAUUUACAUGCCUCUAACACAGUCUCCAAGAGCCAAGGGUCAUCUCCAUACUAUAACAAGGACUUUGGCAGCAAUUUGAGAUUACAUUGAUAUAGAAUGUUACAUGGAAAAUGGGAAAACUUUAAUGGGAAAAUUUUCCCUAAGAAAUAAAACUACCUAAAUGUGAACUGAUGGACUAUUUUUUUAAGGUGACAAAUUCCCCAGCACUAGUGAUGCAAGAAAAUUUUUAAGCGAAAGCUGAAGAAUGACCAUUUCCUGGGUAUGUUGACCACUUGGGUCCAUACCUUUGUACAAGUGGUCCUUCAUGUUUGGAAUGCAAUUACUCCUCACUUUCAUCUAUUUCAGAGACACCUCGCCCCCUUUAAAGCAUAAAUUAAGUCUUACCUCUUAUUUAAGAUCCUUAAUGUCCUUACCUCUCCCUACCCUCAGUUAUUACUAUUUAUGCUUUUAAAAUUAUUUUGUAUUUAUAUAUUUAUAUUGUGUUUAUUAACUUAUAUACCUAUUCACAUGGCUUCAGGAAAAAGGUUUGAAAGAAAGAAGUGGUUCAUUUUUUUAUUUGUGUAUUUCCAGACAUUUAAAUGUUUGAGAUGAGUAGGAGUGGAUCAGAUAGUGAGAAGUUUCCUUUUUUUUCUGCUAACAGGUUAGACUGGAUAGUCUCUAGCAUUCUUUCUAAUUGUGAAAGUCUGGGAUUCUGAGAUCUAUAAGCCUAGUUGAAUAUGCUCAUAUUGCUCUAGGACUGACCAAUUUGAUGUGGGAUACCCAUGUUGGGCUCUGAAUUAUUUAAAAUUUAAAUAAUUCUUGACCUAAAGAGUAAGAUGAGGGGCUCCAAUUCUACAAAAUAAGCCAGCAGAUGUUGACAAGUUUUAUUUUUGUCUGUUUUGAAUUUCAUUAGCAGAGAGAGCUUCAUGGUGAGAAUGCUCAGUCUACCAAUGAAGGUUAGUCCUAGAGAGUUGGUUAGAAACAUUGAGGAUAAAUGACUUGUCAUGAUCACCCAGCCAGCCAAUAUGUGUCAGAGGUAUGACUUGAACCUAGAUGGUCCUGACUCCCAGGACGGGUUAUUUAACCACUAACCAUAUUAUCUUUGUACUUUGUAACAAGUAUAAAAAUUGUAUUAAAGGAAGUGAGUUAGAUAAGUUGUUCCUACAGCAUAAUACAAGUUCACUCUUUAAGUCAGGAAUGCUGGUGGGGAAAUAGGUUCUUUGAAGGCAGGGUGGAAUUUUAGCCUUUCAUGAAAUAUGCUCACUUUUCCUUCCUUGGGCUAUGUGAAAUAUAUAGCAUUUAGAGCUUCCAAAUUGAGCUUUACAAUUGAAAUUGAAAAGUUACCCUUCUAUCUCCUGUUGGCACUUUUCAUCAUUGACUCUAUAUUAAGGGGACAAUUUAAAAAAAAAUUGCCUGCCUGCCCUCUCCCCUUUCUCCAUAGCCUAUGACUUCCCUCAAAUUAAUGCAGUUAGUUUAUUCCUGUUUCCUAUGGUUUCCAGUUCUAGGAAGGAGCCCGAUUAUUUUCCUUCAGUGCCUUUCUCCUAUCUCUUUCCUGCAGAAAAAUGAGUAAUUCUCUUAACUCUACCAAGGAAAAAGGAACCUGGAACUUGGGCAAGAUGGCUAAAUGCUCUUUGACAGCUUCCUAGGCAAGUGGUCAGCACUGACUGAAAAUAAACUCUAUUCAGAGGUGGCCACUGCUGUGGCACGAUGAUGAUGAUGAUUCUUAAAGCUGGCAGCCCAGUCCGCAUGCGGCCAAGUGGACUUUUCAAUCUGCGGAGGUGAAAAGUGUGUGUGUUCCCGGGGCGACUUUUUAUUUAUUUAUUUUUUUUAAUAUCAGAAACAAAUGACUAGCUCUGCAGAGCUGAAAGCUUCCUUCCCUUCCCAAAGUCAGUUCAGGGCGCGCUGCUGCUGCUGCUGCUGCUGCUGCUACUGCUACUGCUGCUGCUGCUGCUGCCGCCGCCGCCGCAGCCACCACCGCGGCUGCUGCUGCUCUCUUGUAGAAACCCGGCUGGCUGACAUCUCUUGAUUACAGCGAGAGGUGGAAGGACCCAAACUUGCUGUCUCCCCCCCUCCCCCAAGAGAUUGUUAGUCCAUUCCUUUAUAGUGGUUCAUUUUGGCUCUCUGUCAUCACCAGGAUGCUGGCAGGGAAUGUGUGUCAUGGUUACAGUAGAGUGUGGUGACAUAUAACAGCCAUGGAAGCCCAGCGGGAAAGGCUACAAAUUCCAGGGUUGACCUUGGAUCUCACUCCAAGAAGUCUGAGUCCAACCCCAACCAGUCCCUGCAGUCCCUGCAGUCCUCUGUUCGCUUUUCAUUUUUGGAGCGGAUGGUACCAAGGAGAGAGGAGUUGUUGCCGAACAAGUAACCGGAAAAGCUUAAUAGGCAAUGGCCAGUCUCCAGCAUUGCCUCGUCCACACUCCCCGCUCUCAGCUCAUGCAGGAAAUAGUCCUCAAGAUAGCCCAAGAAAUUUUUCCCCUAGUGCCUCAGCCCACUUUUCUUUUGCACGAAGGACUGAUGGACGUCGUUGGUCUUUGGCCUCUCUCCCUUCUUCUGGCUAUGGAACAAAUACACCCAGUUCCACAGUAUCUUCAUCCUGUUCCUCCCAGGAGAAGUUGCAUCAGUUACCCUACCAACCAACACCUGAUGAAUUACACUUUUUGUCAAAACAUUUCUGCACUGAAAGCAUCACCACUGAAAACAGAUGCAGGAACACUCCAAUGCGCCCCCGUUCUCGAAGUCUCAGCCCUGGACGUUCUCCCGCCUGCUGUGACCAUGAAAUAAUUAUGAUGAACCAUGUCUACAAAGAAAGGUUCCCAAAGGCUACAGCCCAAAUGGAAGAACGACUUAAGGAAAUUAUCACCAACUAUUCUCCUGAUAACGUUCUCCCCCUGGCAGAUGGAGUGCUCAGUUUUACCCACCAUCAGAUCAUUGAACUGGCUCGAGAUUGCUUGGAUAAAUCCCACCAGGGACUCAUCACCUCACGAUACUUCCUUGAAUUACAGCACAAAUUAGAUAAGUUGCUACAGGAGGCUCAUGACCGUUCAGAAAGUGGAGAGUUGGCAUUUAUUAAACAACUGGUUCGCAAGAUUCUAAUAGUUAUUGCCCGCCCUGCCCGCUUAUUGGAAUGCCUGGAAUUUGAUCCGGAAGAAUUCUACUACCUCUUGGAAGCAGCUGAAGGCCAUGCAAAGGAAGGGCAGGGUAUUAAGACAGACAUUCCUAGAUAUAUUAUCAGCCAACUGGGACUGAAUAAGGAUCCUUUGGAAGAAAUGGCACAGCUAGGGAGCUAUGAUAGUGGGACAGCUGAAACACCAGAAACUGAUGAAUCAGUGAGUAGCUCUAAUACUUCACUGAAACUCAGAAGAAAACCUCGGGAAAGUGAUUUUGAAACAAUUAAAUUGAUUAGUAAUGGAGCUUAUGGGGCUGUUUAUUUUGUGCGGCAUAAAGAAUCCAGGCAGAGGUUUGCCAUGAAGAAGAUUAAUAAACAGAACCUCAUUCUCCGGAACCAGAUUCAGCAGGCCUUUGUGGAACGUGAUAUCCUGACAUUUGCGGAAAAUCCAUUUGUGGUCAGCAUGUACUGUUCCUUUGAAACAAGACGCCACUUGUGCAUGGUCAUGGAAUAUGUGGAAGGCGGAGACUGUGCAACCUUAAUGAAAAACAUGGGUCCUUUGCCGGUAGACAUGGCUCGGAUGUACUUUGCUGAGACGGUUCUAGCCUUGGAGUAUCUGCAUAAUUAUGGCAUUGUGCACAGGGAUUUGAAACCAGACAAUUUGCUGGUCACAUCCAUGGGACAUAUAAAGCUGACUGAUUUUGGUUUAUCCAAGGUGGGCCUGAUGAGCAUGACCACCAAUCUUUAUGAGGGUCACAUUGAGAAGGAUGCUCGAGAGUUCCUAGAUAAGCAGGUCUGUGGGACACCUGAAUAUAUUGCACCAGAAGUGAUUCUGAGGCAGGGCUAUGGAAAACCAGUGGAUUGGUGGGCCAUGGGAAUCAUUCUCUAUGAGUUUCUGGUUGGAUGCGUACCAUUCUUUGGGGACACACCAGAAGAGCUAUUUGGACAAGUCAUCAGUGAUGAAAUCAAUUGGCCUGAAAAAGAUGAAGCACCCCCUCCCGACGCCCAGGAUCUGAUUACGCUGCUUCUCCGGCAGAAUCCUCUGGAGAGACUGGGAACAGGUGGUGCCUAUGAAGUAAAGCAGCACCAAUUUUUUCGUUCCCUGGACUGGAAUAGUUUGCUGAGACAGAAGGCAGAAUUCAUCCCACAGCUGGAAUCAGAAGAUGAUACAAGUUAUUUCGAUACUCGUUCUGAGAAGUAUCACCAUAUGGAAACAGAAGAAGAAGAUGACACCAAUGAUGAAGAUUUUAAUUUGGAAAUACGGCAGUUUUCUUCAUGUUCCCAUAGGUUUUCAAAGGUUUUUAGUAGUAUAGACCGAAUAACUCGGAAUCCUGGAGAAGAGAAGGAAGACUCAGGGGAUAAAGCCAAGAGUACAACUCUACCAUCUGUGGAGACACUGAGUUGGAGUUCAGAGUAUUCUGAAAUGCAACAGUUAUCCACAUCCAACUCCUCUGAUACUGAGAGUAACAAACAUAGACUCAGUUCAGGCUUGCUUCCCAAACUGGCUAUUUCAACCGAAGGAGAACAGAAUGAGCCCACGGCAUGUCUUCGGGAAACUAGAGAGGAGCCUGAAAAGCCAGCACUUCCCUCUGAAGAGUCUGUCCAGGAUGAACCUGAGGUCACCACACCAGCGAGCACCAUCAGCAGCUCCACUCUGUCCGUUGGAAGUUUUUCAGAGCAUUUGGAUCAGAUAAAUGGAAGGAGCGAGUGUGUGGACAGUACAGAUAAUUCCUCAAAGCCAUCCAGUGAACCCGCUUCUCAAAUGGCUCGACAGCGAUUAGAAAGCACAGAGAAAAAGAAAAUCUCUGGGAAAGUCACAAAGUCCCUUUCUGCCAGUGCUCUGUCCCUCAUGAUCCCAGGAGAUAUGUUUGGUGUUUCUCCCCUGGGAAGUCCGAUGUCUCCCCAUUCUUUGUCCUCUGACCCAUCUUCUUCCCGAGAUUCUUCCCCCAGUCGGGACUCCUCUGCAGCUUCUGCAAGUCCCCAUCAGCCCAUUGUGAUCCAUAGCUCAGGGAAGAAAUAUGGUUUCACCAUCCGGGCAAUCCGAGUGUAUGUGGGUGACAGUGACAUCUACACAGUUCAUCAUAUAGUUUGGAAUGUAGAAGAAGGGAGUCCAGCGUACCAGGCAGGACUGAAGGCUGGAGAUCUGAUCACUCAUAUCAAUGGAGAGCCAGUACAUGGGCUUGUACACACUGAAGUUAUUGAGCUGCUACUAAAGAGUGGUAAUAAGGUGUCAAUCACUACAACCCCCUUUGAAAAUACAUCCAUCAAAACAGGCCCAGCUCGGAGAAAUAGCUACAAGAGUCGGAUGGUGAGAAGGAGUAAGAAGACCAAAAAGAAAGAAAGUCUAGAAAGGCGGAGAUCCCUCUUCAAAAAGCUAGCAAAGCAGCCUUCACCUUUACUCCACACUAGCCGAAGCUUCUCCUGCUUAAACCGUUCUCUCUCAUCUGGAGAAAGCCUCCCUGGGUCUCCAACUCAUAGCUUGUCUCCCCGAUCACCUACCCCAAGCUACCGUUCCACUCCAGACUUCCCAUCUGGUACCAAUUCUUCUCAGAGCAGCUCUCCAAGCUCUAGUGCCCCUAAUUCUCCAGCUGGUUCUGGGCACAUCAGGCCCAGCACUCUUCACGGCUUGGCACCCAAACUCAGUGGACAGAGAUACCGGUCAGGGAGACGGAAAUCAGCUGGCAGCAUUCCACUUUCGCCAUUGGCCAGGACCCCUUCUCCAACCCCACAGCCCCCUUCCCCUCAGCGGUCACCAUCCCCCUUGCUGGGGCACUCCCUCGGGAAUUCCAAGAUUGUCCAGGCCUUUCCUAGCAAAAUGCACUCCCCACCCACCAUCGUCAGGCAUAUCGUGAGGCCCAAGAGCGCUGAGCCUCCGAGGUCCCCCCUGCUCAAGAGAGUCCAGUCCGAAGAAAAGCUCUCCCCUUCCUAUGGCAGUGACAAGAAACAUCUGUGUUCUCGUAAGCACAGCCUGGAGGUGACUCAGGAAGAAGUGCAGCGGGAGCAGCAGUCCCAAAGAGACACCGUGCUCCAGAGCCUGGAGGAGAACGUGUGUGAUGCGCCUUCCCUGAGCCGAGCCAGGCCUGUGGAACAAGGCUGCCUGAAACGUCCCAUCUCCAGAAAGCUGGGAAGGCAGGAGUCUGUGGAUGAACUGGACAGAGAGAAAUUGAAAGUCAAGGUAGUGACAAAGAAGCAAGAGUUCCCGGAGAAGCAGGAACCCCUGCAGAAACCCCAUGAAGUGGGCGGCGAUGUGGAAAGCCUGACGCCCUUGAGGCUGGAGGAGAGGGAGAAGAAAGCCUACCAGAAGGCUUUAGAGAGAUCAAGUCAUUUUGAGAGCAGACCAGCCGUGCAGGAGGCACCGGCCAGUGGCUUGCUUCACAAAAGUGCUGCUGCGGGCGGGAAGCCCAGCGAAGGCCUCUUGCCCGAUGCCCCAGGGGCCUGCCACAGACUGCCGCUGAACGAACACAGCCUGAGCUCUCAUGACUACAAAAGACUGCCUCCCCCGUGUCUGCUCCAGGACAUGCUCGCUCACCCACCCGAGCGGUCCAACGGCGGGAAGGGGGAUGGGGCCGAGAAGGCCAGCCAGGCAAAAGAAUUCAGCAAGUUUGAAAAGUUCGACGGCAAGCUCACAAAUAUCGACUACCUUCGGAAGAAGAUGUCCUUGGAGGAGAAAGAGGACAGCCUUAGUUCCGUGCUGAAGCCCAAGCUGACACCAAAUGUCCAUGACUGCCUUCAGCUGGGCACCGCGAGGCCCAUAAACAUACAGCAGGAUCCCACUCCGGUCUCCGAGAGCCGGACGGUCAUCGGGGGCGCCCACGGCGUUCAGAUCACGUCUAUGGCGUUUGUUCCUCUUAAGGCUCUGACGGGUCGGGCAGAGAGUGGGGGGGCCGAAAAGCCAGCCCUGAUCCCCCCCGAGUCCCCAGUCAGGAAGAGCCCAUCAGAAUACAAACUGGAAGGCAGGUCCGUGUCCUGCCUCAAGCCCAUCGAGGGCACUCUCGACAUUGCUUUAUUGUCAGGGCCUCAGGCUUCUAAGACAGAAGGACCGUCAGCGGCUUCUGCAGAGAGCCAUCACCUCAGCGGCGAGGGGGGACCUUUUGGGUCACUGGCUCUGUCUGCAGGUUCUGUGAAGGGUGAAGCUGCCAGUCAGAAGGAAGCCCCAAUGACUUGUUUAAAGAUAAACAAAUCCUACCUUCUGGAGCCCAGAUUUCAGCAGCAGAGCAAGGGAUUUUCAAGCACACCAGCAGCCUCCACCGAACUAGACAAGGAGAGGAGGGUCUCCCAUUCAGCCGUAAGAAGCCACAGUUCUCUUGGCGAAAGUAGUCAUAAGAGAGAGGAGCUCUCUGCCAAGCGGCGAGACCACCCUGCUGAGGCCAGACUCCUCCCCGCCUCCGGUCAGAAUGCCAUGGCUAGCCCCAAGCCAGCAGCAGCCCCGGGUUUCCUUAGCCCUGACAAUAACCCUGGAAGAGAGAGGCAGAACCAAAGGGAACUACCCGGGAAGUACCCGGUGACCUCAAGAACCAGUGAGCCACUGACACUGAAGGCCGAGGUUGCCAGAGAGUCCUUCAUGGAGCCUUUGACACCCGACACUCCAAAAGCUGGCGCCUUUGGAAAUAAUGCUGGGGUGAGACCGAGCCCAGACUUUCCUGCUCAGCCACGUGCAGUGGAGAAACUUCGGGGUCCUGGUGGAAGAGCUGAUCCCAAGGAAAGUAAAGAAAUCGCUAAGGCACCCCCCAGGGAGGACCUUCGCUCCUCGAGGGUCACUGGUGAGAGGGAGAUGAGCAAGCAAAAAGGCAGUACGGGCUCGGAGGCUUCUCUCCCCAAAAGAUCUGGCCAGCUGUCGGGAGGCAGUAAUAGCAAGCACGAAAAAGGCCUGGGUUUUCCAUCCUUACAGAAAGAUAGUCCCAAAGAAGUGGAAAGGAAGGACCCAACUUUUCAGAAACAGGUCAGCAACCUCCAGCCUUCCCUGGCCUCCAAAGACGCCGCAGGUCUGGCGCCUCGGCAGCAGCUCAGCGCACCGAUCCUCCCUAUGGUUAGGGAGCCUGUCUCCAGGACCUGUGGGUCGGAGGCGGCCACCGGCCUCCCCGAUGCUCCCCUCAGGCCGGCCCCAGCCCAGGUGGAAGGCAGCGGCCACAAGCUCAAGCCUGCCCCGGAGGUCUGCCCUCCAAAGUCUAAACCCUUGGAAAGACUGGCAGCAUCCCCAAAACAGUGCACUGGAGCCGCCAAGGAGAAAGAAGCCGCCCCCCAGGUCCCCAGCGGCACCAACAAAGAGGGGAAAAGCUCGAGCCGAGCCGUGCCAGAGACCUUUCCCUUCAUCUCCGGUUCUCAAAGGAAGCUGAGCAACGAGAGCAUCCAGGGGGACAGGACUCCCGCGCCUUCAUGCCAAGUGGAGGGGAGCAGUGCCCUGGACAGCAAGCCGAAAUCUCUGGGUAACAGCAGCCUCCCUGAGGCCCCGGAACACCCCAAGCACUCCCAGAGGCAGGAGCCCACAGGCUCCAUGGAGCUGGGGGAGCAGAAGCUUUCCCCAGUCCUAGAAAAACAAGCUGUGCCCCUGAAGCACCCCAGGCCAUCCACUGUGAAAGAGGCUCCCUCUCUGUACAAACCGGGCGACAAGAGCCCAAGCCCCCUGGCCGCCUGCAAGCAGACUGACAAAAGCCCAGGCCCCUCGGCCAGCGCGGCAGACAGGAAGCCAGAAGGGAAAAAAUGCACUGAAGCACUUUAUGUCCUACCUGACUGUGGGAAGCCGGAGCACGGCCUCCCCCUGGCCAGCGGCGAGGCCAGGGUCAAAGGUGGGGAAAAGCCAGCUGGGGCAGGGAAGAGCGCCUCCGAACCCAAGGGGAAAGGCCUGGCCUCCCAGAGGCAGCUGAUGGAAGCCAGCAAACAGGGCGGGAUGAAGCGGUCCCCAUCCGCCACCGGCCAGAGCUCCUUCCACCCUGCCGGGCCCUCGGAGAAGACUCUGAGCUCCUCGUCUAGCUUCCCAGAGGCGAAGUCAGGAGCCCUGGAGCCCUCCGCGCCGGCUGGUGAUGGCCCUUCCGCCAAGACAAAUGGGAGCCAGGCAGAGCCACCGGCCCCUAGUGCCAGGGACUCGAGGAAGCCGGGGUCCGGGGCGGAUGGCAGAACACAAAUGACAAAGAGCGAUUCGCUGCCGUCCUUCAGCAGCACAGCAGCCGCCCUGGAGUCCCAGCACGCCAAUUCACACCUCAGGGGAGAAGUCAGAACCCUGGACAGGGCCCUCUCCAUGACCAGCGCCCCCGGAGAAGGAAAAGGGAAGGAGCCUCUGGCUGCCCGGAAACAGAAUGUAGCAAAAGACCUUCCCCGGGCCCUGGCAGCCUCCUCUUCCGACAAGGACUCUGCGGUACGCCAGCGGCGAGGGAAAGAGAGCCUGAGGAGCAGCCCCCACAAAAAGGCCUCCUAAUGGGGCGGGGCCCAGGAGGCUCAGACUGGACGCUGUGCCUAGGGCCGACACCCUUGGGAAAACCAGCAGCAGCCGGGACGCUUGUCCAGCCAGAGAGGAGAUUGGGGAGGAGUAGGGUGGCCCGGAGGUAGAGAGGACCUUUUUCCAAAUGCCUUCCCGAUUGUAACCGGUAAAACUGUUACCAUAAAGUAUUUGUACAAAAAUACCUUUACAGUGGAGACUUGUUGAGGAAAAGAUGUUCUCUGUAAAUAUCUAGCAAUGUGUUUGGGGUUUGAAUGUAGAAUAUACACUUUGCUGCUGAUUGCGUUGUUUACUACAACUUUUUUUUAAACAAAUUGUUGCUUUGCCACUGACUUACCAUAAUGUAGGAAAGAAGCAAAAUUACUCAACCGGGGCCCAGGCCCUCACACACGAGCACACACACACACACACACACACACACACACACACACACAACACGAGAUUCUGGUCUGUGACUCAAGACAAUAGUUCCAGGCUACCUUUUUACAAGCUAAAGUAUUCUAAGAGUUAAAGGCAAAAGAAAAUCCUAGAUACAGCAGUUCAUGAGUUUUUAUGUCUAUUUUUAAUCCGAUUUUGAUAGUACUGUAUCUGGCUACCUAUAUUUCCAGAUCUAAUUUAAGAUGUAACUUAAUCACUGCAUUUAAAGUCUGCCUCAAUUCGGAUAGGCCUGGACUCACAGGGCCUACCAUUUUCAUUUCAUGAAUGUCCUAGCAAGGCCUUUUGUUCCUGGGUCCAAUUGUCUGAAAGACCAGUUCACUUUUGGUCUGUUGGUAUGUGUCUUGGGCCUUCACCUCAACCUCGCUGGGGCUAUAAAUACCCAUCGGCUUCAUUUCUGCUGUAAUCCUUUCAUUUUUUUCUUUCAGCUCUUAAACUCAGGCCUCUAUGCUGUGAGUCUUAUGCAUAAGAAGCACAUGUUUUGUAGUCCAAUGUCUGCCCUGCUCUUCUAUGAGACAGAAGUUGACUUUACCCCCCCCCCCCCCAAGUAUUUAGGUUUGACUAAUCGGUUUCAUGAAUUAUAGAGCUUUUUUCAAGUUUGACAUUUUUUUGGCAAAAAGAAAAAGUGGUUUUAGCAUCAUGUCAUAAAUAGAGAUAACCAGGACAUCAGUUCCAUUUUAAUACAUAGCGGGGGCCUUAUGUUAUAGAUGAAGCUUGCUGUUUUUAGCAAGUGAUCCUGGGUUUCACAUUCAUCUCUAAAUGCAUUGGGUAGCUCCAUACAUUUCAUAACACACUCUCUUUAUUUGUAUGCAAAAAAGUAAAUACUGUAUUAUUAAUAAAAAGCAGCAUUUUUGUAACAGACCUGUUGGAGCUAUUUGGUGCUUGAAUGUGACUGUCCUUUUUACUUUUGCUAAGCCUUAUUUAAAUUUUGUAUACUGUGGAACAUGUAGAAUUUGUCAGAUAAUUUUAUUAGCUGAUGUACUUUGUUUUGUUUGGUUCUUUUUUUGUUUUGUUUUUGUUUUGUUUUUUACUUUUGAGGAAAAAGCACUUGAUGAAACAAGUACUAAGGCACUAAGGGAAAAUCGACACAGAUAAGUAUUUUUAAGAUGCUUGGGAUUGAUAUCACAAUAUUUUUGCUCUUUUUUUCCCUACUGAGGAAUAUGCCCUCCAAGAAGUAAUCAAGUCCCUCAUCCCUGAUGGGGAUUUUUUAUUUUCUCCAGAUGAUAAAAAUCAUUUGUUCAAAGCACAGUAUAAUCUGAUGACCCAGAAAUGUGUCUGGCCAGGUUGUGAACAGGGCUCUGAAAACAAAAGCAUGACCCAAUUGGUGUUCUUGGGUUUGCCUCAUUCUGAUGAAUUGCUAGUGGAUAGGAGAAUAAUCACUUUCCCAUCCCCUUAAUUUUUCACAAGACAUGGCCAGUUCCUGUCCUCCCUUCGACACUUGUAAAGGAAACAAGCAUUUUCCCUUUUUUACUGGUUUCAAAUUAUGGUCUCAACGUUUGCAAUAUGUAUCUGUGUUUGGUGAUCAUAACCCCAAUACUAAUGCACUCAGAUGUCAUGACACUUUGAUCGAGGAGGUAUUUCAUAGUUUACAGCCCUUGCAUUUUAACUGUCCUAUUUCCUUUAAAGCACAAUUAGCUGCUUGUUUACAAUGAUAUCCUUUUUAUGUAUAUUUUGUAUAGUGUGUUAUCAUUUCUGCCAAAUAUGGUUUUGCAUUUUGGAUGAGUAAUGAGUAAAUAGGGUUGUGUUCAUGUAAUACCUGUUUGUUGGUGUGAAACUCUCCAAUCAGCUGGUAGAAAUCUUCCUGCUAACUGUGUUCUAUCCGGUCAGUCUUUGUGUGAUUGUAAGAUGUGCUCCUUGGUAGUACUCCCAGCUGUAGAUUUACCAGCUUAAAAAAAAAAAAGUUUGUUAGGCUCUGUGCAAUAAAGUGUUUGCAGUCUGAUUUUCUGGAAGAAAUUCCCUAUGGAUGUCAUAAUUGUUGUAUAUUGAACAAAUAUUUAUACAUAUGCAAUUGCAUAACAUUGAAAUAAAAAUUUAGCAUGAAAAGA